UCCGUAGCCCGCACUGCGUCCGCCGCGCUGCGUUUAAACCAGGGGCGGAGGCGCGGCGGCUGGGGCGUCGCGGCGGCUGGGGUGACUUCUGACAGCUCUCGCCGUGGAAGGAGGACGCGGCUGCGACUUGCUUCAGCCAGCCAGGCCGGAGAAGAGGAGAUGGAUGUUCCCCAGAAGGACGAUGUUCUUCUUUUGGCUGAUGAAAAGUUUGACUUCGAUCUUUCAUUGUCUUCUUCAAGUGCAAAUGAAGAUGAUGAAGUCUUUUUUGGCCCCAUUGGACAUAAAGAAAGAUGUAUUGCUGCCAGCUUAGAAUUAAAUAAUCAAAUUCCUGAAGAACCUCUUUUGCCAGCAUCUGAAAGUCACUUCACUUGGAGUCCUCUCACUGGGGAAAAAUUUGUGGAAGUUUAUAAAGAAGCCCACUUACUGGCCUUACAGAUACAAAGCCACAGCAGAAACAAGGCAGCCCCAGCUGCCAGGCAGGAAGACCCCAGGAGCCAGGGAGGGGAAGGGUUCAUACAAGAAUCACAAUUAAAAAUACACCUCUUUGAGAAAGAAAAUGAAACAAAGAAAAGCCCAAAGUCACUUAAGAGGGAGACGUACUACCUGCCAGACAGCCCCUUGCGGGGUCUGCCACCCUCGGGCCCCCAGCCCACCUCGGCCGUGGCCCUGCAGGUGGCUCCUGCCCGGGCCAGCCUCACCCAGACGCAGGGGCCACCUCCCGCUCCGAGCUCUUCUUUGUCAGUGGAACCGAGUACUGCUCACCCUCCGAACCAGGCCGUGACUCAGAAUAAGGUCCCCAGCAAAUUGCCGCCACCCCGCACCUCGUCUCUUAGAGGAAAAAGCAUCCCCUUGGCCGUGGAGAAGCCCGUGAAAGAGAAAUCAGCCAGUCCUUCCAGGAUGAAGACCCUAAGUGAGAAGGAAUCCCACAGCCACGUGCCCCCUGACAAGCCCAGUGCUGCCCGCGACGUCACCAGCCUGCCAGCUGGUGGGAGCCACUUGGUCCAAGGCAAGCGCUCGCUCCCAGUUCCAAACAAGCUGGGGCCGAAGAAGACCGUGCUGAGACCGCCUGGGUGUGCUGGCAGCCUCGCAGGGAAGGCCUCCUCUGCGGGGUCGUUUUCGGGUGUGAUCUCCAGCGUGUGUGCCUCCCCAGCAGCCGGCAAAGCUAAAGCGAGUGACCUUCCAAGCAUUCCUGCAGACAGCUCCCGGGCAAACACCAGCCAGUUGGGCAGAACGGGACUCGUGGCUCAGCGGCUGUCACUGCAGGCGGGCCCCAGGGGCGGGCCCUGCGGCCAAAGCCAGAGGCCCGCUGAGCUGCCCCGGGAGCCCACCAGGGCAGCUCUCACCCAACCCCAGACUCCAGAACUGGGAGGCCCCGGGCUGAGCUCCUGUCUCAGUUGGUCACACUCCUCCCAAAUGAACAAAACUGGGAGGCGCGGCUCCUGUCUGAACUCCAAGACAAAGGUCAUGCCUACCCCUACGCACCGAUUUAAAGUUCCUAAGUUUUCUACUGGUGAACCCCCGGACAGCGCAACGCCGAAGUCCUGCCGGGCGCAGAGGCCACAGUCCUGCACGUCGGUGGGGAGGGUUGUUCAUAGCACUCCUGUUAGACGGUCCUCGGGCCCAGCCUCGCAGAGCCUGGUAAGCAGCGUGUGGACCCCCGUGAGUACGAGACGCGUGUCAGCCCUGCCCACGCCUGCCGGCCGCCGACUCUCCAGCCUUCCCGUGCUGACCCCUAAGACCCUGCCCAGGGCCCUGGCUUCUCCCCUGCGUGUGUCUGCUCGGCGACUGUCUUCUGAGCCCCAGAAAAAAUUUGCAGUGAGAACUGCACCAGCAACAGAGAGCGCCCGCAGGGCUGCUCCCAGGGGCUUGUACUCGUCGCCGGAUGGGAGCCUUUCUCCCCCGUCCGCCGUGCCGCAGGCGCUUAACUUUUCUCCAGAAAAGAGUGAUCUUACUUUUUCAAAAAGUAUCGGCACAGAAGCAGCCCCGGCUGAGGUGCAGCCACCUGAGGACCCACCCCCCAGUGAGGCUGUUCUUGUGGACAUCAAGCUGGACGGACUCAGCAUUGCCCCGGAAGCUGCAGGCACAGCCUGGGGCGACCGCCCUCUCAUCCACUUCUGCGACACUCCGGAGGCCAGCGUGGCUGUGCGUCCUGAAGGCGGACCCCUGGUCGACCUCCUGCUGAACACCCCCGACGCCAACAGGAAGGCUGUGGCCAAGCCCCCCCAUGAGGUGGCACAGCUGAUAGACCUGGCUUCUCCUCUGAUCCUGCUGAGUCCGGAGGCUGACAAAGAAAACGUGGACUCACCACUUCUCAAGUUCUGAGUAGAACGAAAUCCUUUACAGUUACAAGGACAGUCAGUCCUAAAGUGGUUUUCA